UAUGGCCAGAAUAACAGGUAUGGUGCACUGAAUACAAUAUCUGAUUGGUUUUAAUACACCUCAUACAAGCAGACCCGAGAUAGAUUCAAUUAAAGGCCAACAUGGAUAUAUAUAUAUAUAAGAAAAAGCUAAGAGGUUUUGGCUCAAAUGAUCUUUUCUGCCAUUGGCUUAUGAAAAGAUUGUAGCAGAGCUACUUAACUUGUGAGGUAUUAGUAUACUUGGCUCGGCAAUUACUUUAAGUUGGUGUUUUGUUUGAGGACUGUUGAUUGCUUUGGCCAACGCAAAACAAAAAUGUCGAACUUGUACAACGAGAACGACUCCUCUGCUGAGGAGACGGGCGAUGUUAAGAUUCUCAUCAAAGGUGGCGACAAGCUCAGCCCGGGAACUAACAACGUGUAUGCGUUUUGCAAUCACUGCAAGAAGGACAUUUCUGUGGUCUACAUCAAAUCGGAGGCGAACGGUAAAGAGUUAGCCGUGACGGAAACGUUGAAGACCAAUUGGCCUGCUGUAUUUGAAGGGAGAUUUCCUGAGAACGACUACGAGAAAUGCAAGAAGAACAACGAUUAUGAAAGCUGCAAGAAGCUGCUGGAUGAAAAGAAAAAGUCGGACAAGAUUCAUGAAUUGUGGGUUUCCUUUCUCGACUCGUGCACAUUACAUGGGUUUCACUUUUGCUUCUCGGGCAACCCACCUGUGCGCCGUAUAAUAUGGACUUUACUGCUACUCGGGGCAUUUGCGUUAUUCUUCGAGAAGUGCACUGACAGCAUUAUCAAUUAUUUUCAGUUCCCUUUUACCACUACUACGCUUAUUGUCUACGAGAACAGCUUGGUGUUUCCCGCAGUCAGUAUUUGCAAUUACAACGAUGCGCGCUUCUCCAAAAUGAAUGGAACCACUGUGCAUGAGCUCUAUUUCAGAACCAAGAUUAAAGGGGAAAACGUCAGUCACCUCCUUAGAGAAAUCUCAGGAGAAGAAAUGACGAAGACACUUUCAGAGGCUGCCCAUCGACUCGACGAAAUGAUUCUGGAAUGUAAAUGGCAAAAGGAUUCAAAAUGUGACCAUAGAAACUUUACCGAGUUCAAGAACGCUGAUGGAGAUGUUUGUUUCACGUUUAACUCCGGUAAAAAUAGCUCGGCCCUCUUGACGAGCAGCACGGGUGAAGACAAAGGCUUGCGUCUUCUCAUUGAUGUUCAGCAUUAUGAUUAUUACUUUGCUGUUGAAAGCGCAGGCUUCAAGGUGAUUUUACACGACCAGGAUGAAACUCCAGUUAAAAUGCAGGGUUUAGCUGUAUCUCCUGGGUUUACGACGUACAUGGAGCUAAAGAAGAGAAAGAUCACGAACCUGCCUUCCCCUUACCGAACGAAAUGCGGGAUGCCAAAGCUACGCUUCUUUGAUAAAUACAGCAAAUCUAAAUGUUUCUUGGACAAACUGACACGAUAUGUCGUCAGAAUCUGCAAGUGUCGUGCUUGGUUCAUGCCAGGAGCUAAAGUUGGAAUUCCUGUUUGUGAUAUGGAGACGAGUCAAAGGUGCAUGUGGCCUGCGUGGGUGCAUUUCGAGGACAAGAAAUUGGACGAGUGUCCCGUGGCAUGUGAGAGCGUGGAGUUUUCAGCACAGUUGUCAUACGCCCGCUAUCCGGCCAAUGCCUUCGCUGAUUAUCUUUUGUCCAAAGAGACAAAUUUGACAGGAACACCCGAAGAAAACAGGCAAUACCUCAGAGAUAACCUUUUGGAGUUAAGGAUUUACUACGAAUCUUUAACUUUCUCUGACGUGAGACAGGUUCCCAGUUAUGAUCUCUACAGUUUGUUAGGUGACGUGGGAGGUCAAAUUGGUCUAUUCCUCGGCGCCAGUCUCCUGACAUUGGUCGAAUAUUUGGACCUUCUGGCAAUGGUCCUAUUCACUAAAUACAAGUACCACAAUAAGUGAUUUGAAAACAUUUACGGAGGACUUUGUUAGUUUUGGAGCAAGUAAAACUAGCGUAAUUCAAGUUAUGUGAAAUUGCUUUUAUGACUGUACAUAGAUUCGAUUCUGUUAUUAUCUUAAAAAAGAAAAAGGCUAUGAUAAAUUCCUUAGAGAUUUCACUAAACAAGUUCCUGGUUGUAUAUUAAGUUCUGAUAUUCGGAAUACUUCUUAAGCAAAAAGUGCUAAAGCUUAACAAUUUCAUGAUGUCUUCGAAGCAAAAGCUGGAUAAUGUGUGAAAUCAAGUUCCUGUAAAAUUAAGACAGUUACAUUGCAAUGCUUUUUUCGUUUGGUGAAAUAAUGCUGGAUAUGUAACAGCAUAAUAUGGUUCAGAAUAAUGCUGAAAUUUGGAGGAUCAAAGACGUUGUUGCAUUAUGUUUUUGAAAUCCAUUGCUGAUCAAUAUCCUACAGAAGAAAGCAAAAGUUCUUAGCUACCUUACUGAGGUUGAUGGAAUAAUUUUUCCAUUUUUUCAAAGAAAGUUCUUAUGACAACCCUAAAUUUGGGUGGGAGUGAAAGAAAAUGUUAACAGUGUAAUCUUAACGGACCUGAUAACUCGCAGGUUAUUGUAUUUUAAGUCCCAAAAGGUUUGAUAAACAAAAACACUGAAUAACACAUUUAGAAAAUUCUUUGUUGACUUCUUGUUGAUACUUUCAACAAUAGAAGAAUGUUUGAACCAUUUAAUCCGCAAGAAUAAUAAUAUAGCUAUGGUAUUUGAUGAGAUUACAACUAGUAAACCAAAUAUUGACAGGAGAAGCUCUCGAAGGGGGCGAUUUCGCAUAAAAACAAAAAUCGUUCGGAAAUUUUUGUUCAGUUCGAAGCUUAGUGGGACUUUUAUUGCUUAGUUGGAGACGAAUGAUGUAAAUUAGGAAAAAAAAACCGAGCAAAUUUAAUUGUAUCGUUUGUGGUUUACAAUUUGCAUUCCGUUCCACUUUAAAAUUCAGCAAGAGAACUGGCUAAUUAUGAAAAGGUUAAAGUAAAACAUGACCUCGAUCUUUCCCUACUGGAAAUCCUUACAUAUUUUUGUAAAUGUUUUUGGUGGAAUAUUUUCAAUUUGCUCAGAGGCUCUUUUUUUUUCUUUGAAUCUCCUAGCACUUACGGAGGUCUUUCUAAAAUUUUAUCCUUCCUGUUUUCAUAAAUUUUCAUACGAACUAAAAAUAAAAUAAAUAGAGAUAUAUAUAUUCCCUGCUGUACCCAAAACUUGGAUGGUAAAUUAGAUGUUUCUCUGAAACUUUCCAUCAAGUUGGAUGAAACAAAACAGUUAUGUUGUGAUUUUAGCUUCUAAUUCAUGAUAGUUUUGGUUUAUCUCCACUAUAUUUUCUUUCUUUCUUAAUUUCAGUAAAGUGUCCUCAGCCACGAAGCCAAACAAACUCCCGGCUACUUGUAAAUCAAAUUUUACCAUCGUUCUUUCAAACUUUUCUCGACCUGUCAUUGUACUUUAAUCAUGUUCGUGUUAUUUUAGUAUUUUUCUUUUUUCAUGGUGACUUUACGUGAAAAUUGGACAAAGCAUAUAAAUAAUAAAUCAAGUUCGUGUGCGUCAAAUCAUCGAAAAGCGAUAAUUUAAAGACCUCUGAAUGUGCGUCCUACAGACUGCCACAGUGGGAAUGACAGCGCACCGAUCAACAAAAGAGUUCUGCUUGAAUUUAUCUCGCUCAUGAUAACGGUUAAUUAUGUUAUUAACACGCCUCCAUAAGUGGAUGACAAUAAUUCAUCAUUAGAAAACAAUUUAAAUAUGUCAAGACAAAUAAAUCACGUAUUUUUCAAAAUACGGAGAACAGUGUCAGUGAUGAUAAAUACAUGUAGCCGGGUUAUUUUGCUGAAUGUACUAGAUGUGAGCAUAGACCCUAGAAACUCAUUUUCUUGCGUUGUGGUGAGAGAAGAAAUAAAACAUUGUUAAAUUG